AUGGCACCCUCCUCCGUUUCCGUCGCGGCUGCUCUACUCCUCUGCAUCCUCGUCGCCCAUGCCCGUGGCUGCUGUGCCAAGCACCAGGCGCCUCCGCAUCCCCCGGCCGUAACACCACCGUCCUACGGGGCCACUCCUCCUGCAGCCAAUUCCAGCUGGCUCGCUGCCAAGGCGACAUGGUACGGCGCGCGCCACGGCGCCGGGCCCGACGACAAUGGUGGCGCUUGCGGGUUCAAGAACGUCAACUUGCCCCCCUUCUCCGCCAUGACCUCCUGCGGUAACGAGCCGCUCUUCAAGGACGGCAAGGGCUGCGGCUCCUGCUACCAGAUAAGGUGCUUAAGGUCAAACCACCCUGCGUGCUCUGGUGUGCCGGAGACGGUGAUCAUCACGGACAUGAACUACUAUCCGGUCUCUCCCUACCACUUCGACCUCAGCGGCACUGCCUUUGGAGCCAUGGCCAAGGACGGCCGCAACGACGAGCUUCGUAAUGCGGGCAUCAUUGACAUGCAGUUUCGGAGGGUGCCGUGCCAGUACCCGGGGCUGGCCGUGAUGUUCCACGUGGAGAAGGGGUCGAACCCGUUCUACAUGGCAAUCCUGGUGGAAUACGAGAACGGCGACGGCGAUGUGAAACUGCUGGAAAUCAUGGAGUCACGUCCGGACGCUGGUAACGGCGGCGAGAUGGCUCCAACGGGGGACUGGGUGCCCAUGAAGGAGUCGUGGGGUUCCAUCUGGAGGAUGGAUGCCCGACACCGCAUGCAGGGGUCAUUCUCGUUGCGCAUCACUAACGAGUCUGGCAAGAUGCUCGUCGGCGACCAGGUCAUCCCCGCUGACUGGAAGCCAGAAAAAGUCUACAGCUCCGUCAUCCAGUUUGAUUAA